AUGUCUCAAUAUUUGUAUGAUUUGUUCUCUUGGUUGAUGAGCAAAAUUUCGGGAUUGCUUCCCUUUAAACUUGCCGUGAAUCCGAGCGAAAAAGUGAUCAGGGAACAGUUACGAACCCAUUCUGUGGCGACCAAUAACCAACCAUUACAAGAUUUGAUUGUAGAUAUUAUUUCUCAUUUGCCAUCAUUGGACGAAUUUGGAGAACAUCAUGAUCAGGAAGCACAUCAUCAUCAACAUCAUCCUAACGUGAUGGAAAUGAUUCCUCAUCUAUUUGAAGGAACCUUUAAAGAAGCUGUUGACUUUUGUAAAAACAAUGAUCAAUUAUUAUUUGUAUAUUUACACUCACCCGGACAUGAUGAUAGCUAUGAAUUUAUUCAGCAUGUUUUUUGUCGAAAGGAGUUCAUUGAAUUUGUAAAUGCUAAUUUUGUAGUUUUCGCGAGCUCUAUCAAAUCCUCAGAAGGCUUUGCAGUUUCUAAUCAAAUUCAAGCAACUUCAUUUCCUUUCCUUGCCAUAUUAAUGGGAAGCAAAGUAUACUGGAAAAUGGAUGGACUCUCUGAAUUGAUGACUUCUUCACAACAAAGUGGCAUUCAUCUCAUUGACGCUUUACUUACACAAUUAAUUAGCGAGCAUGAACGAUUGGAUGCUCAAUUAGUCAUUCAACGAAAUGAAAAACAAAUGAGAGAAUUCGAACGAAGAGCAAGAGAAGAGCAAGAUAGAGCUUAUGAGGAAUCUUUAAGAAUAGACAGAGAAAAAGAAGAAAAAAGGCUUCAAAUUGAACGCGAAAAAGAGAGAGCUCUUAAUCAAUUCAAACUCAAGCUCUUCGAAAACGAGACAAAGCGAAAUGAAAUCAGACAGAACUUGGUUUUUUAUAGCAAUGAGCCAAAUUAUAAGAAUAUCAAGCUUAAAUUGCCCAACGGAACAGAAACACAAAACAAAUUUUCACUACACUUAACUUUUGGAGAUCUACAUAGAUUUAUUCAUGCAUAUUCAGGCUCAUGGCAACCUUCAAGGUUUAGCAAGCUUGAAACUGACUAUGAAUUGACCCUUAACUCUUUCCCAAAACGACAAAUUCCGUUCGAUGACUCACAAUCUCUUGCUUCCAUCGAAGGAAAAGCGUUAUUGAUCUAUGUAAGAGAGUCAGAGCAUGACGAGGAUGAACAAUUUGCUCUUCAACACUCUUUGUAA